CGGUUCCUGCAGCUAGACUUGAAUAAUUCCGGAAUACUUCGACCGCUUCCUGUCCAUUGAGAUUAUUUAGUAUAUUUUAUCGGUAGUAAUCGAAAGUUGGUAAAUUUAGCCCGAGAUUGAACUACUCCUGUAAACCAAAAUGAUUGCCUUGAUUGAAUGCAUUGUUUCAGGUUAAGAGAGGCCUCUUUUAAGUUUGAUUAAAGAUGCCUCUCUUGUCCAGACUGUCACAGAAAGAUUCAGGUAGACUCUCUAGAAUACUCCACGUCUAUAAGAGUAACGUCCAGACGUGCGGACGAUGGACGGGCGUAACACGUUCCCAAUGUGUAAGAAUUACAGCAGUGCCCGAUGACGUACUGGUGGACGAACGGUUCGCUGUUCACGUGAAGGGUUUGAAUCAGGGUGAUGACGUCACCAUUCAAGCCAACAUAUGCCAUGAUAAAGAUGUGCUGUUUACGUCAGCAGGCUGUUUCCGAGCAGAUGAGAGUGGAUGUGUUGACGUCACAAAACAUGAAAGUGUGUCUGGAAAUUAUACAGGUGUUGACGCCAUGGGGUUAAUAUGGAGCAUGGAACGAGCUCCGGGACAAAGCCCGGGAUUACGUCCGGGCACGAAGGACGUGUCCACACCAGAAUUGGUCAGUCUAGCCGUAUUCAAAGGACAUCACACUAUGGAGGAGAUUUCUGAGAAAUCUCCACAGCCUUUAUCGAUAACAGAUGUCCAGCGGUGGUAUAAGGCUAGAGAGGUGGAGGUGAUAGAAGUCAAACAGGGCUCUGUACGGGGAAGACUUUUCGUUCCUCCAGGUCCCGGUCCGUUUCCCGGAGUGAUCGAUAUGUACGGUACUGCGGGGGGUCUCGUAGACUCGAGGGCGGCGAUGCUGGCAUCCAGAGGGUUUGUUACUCUGGCUUUGGCAUUCUUUGGCUACAAGGACCUACCCAAGUCCUUUUGGGACCUAGACCUUGGAUACUUCAAGGAAGCUGUCCAUUUGAUCAGUAGCCAUCCAAGCGUGAUUCCGGACGGAAUAGGUAUACUAGGAUUAUCCAAGGGCGGGGAGUUGGCCCAACUGAUAGCAAUCCAUUGUCCACAGGUGCGUGCUGUCGUCAGCAUUAACGGGUUUCCUUGCCUGUCUAUUGUCGCCAUCAGGAACGGUGACGAGACACUGGAACCGGCGGCACCAAUGGAUACUUCUAAACUGGAGUUUACUCGUGAAAAUUAUGUUAUAUUUAAAAACUGUGUGGUCCCAAAGGAAAACGCUUCUUUCUUCCCGUUGUGGGAGAGGGAUUUGCCGUUUCUCAGUAUUUGUGGUUCAGAUGACCAGUUGACCGACUGUCGUCUGCAGCAGCGGCAAUAUGAUGACUUCCCGGAAGAACAUAAGGACAAAAUAGAACUAGUAUUAUACAAAGGAGCGGGACACUUGAUCGAACCUCCAUUCACACCCGUCACUCAGCUGGCCUAUCAUAAAUUUUUCCGUAUGACUUUUCUUAUCGGAGGGAUGAGAGAGCAGCACGCGCGCGCUCAGGAGGAUGCAUGGAAUAGAAUCCAGACCUUUUUCCGAACUCAUCUGAAAUCUUAAACAUCGUGCAUUACGAAAC